CAGCAUUCGCACUUUGACUAUGUAGUGCCAGAAGAGUGAUGCUGGCACCUUUCUGCUGUGCAAUCAGGAGAGUUCAGUGACGCAAUGUCGUCAGACCCCGUGAUUCUGGAUGUCCUGGCAUCAAUUUGCAAAGAUGCGCUGCAGUUGUUUGAGCGCGUCAAGGUCGUUUUUGACGACAAGGAGGAGCGAAUCAGCAAUGUUUGCAUCUCGAAGCACUUUGUGUACUUUGUGAAUCGAGAGAUGAACAGGCUCAUAGAAGGCAGAGAACGGCUUUCGUACCUGGACAUCGAGCGUGCAGUUCUGGACAGCUCAACAAAGCGCUUCUUUUUGCUGGAGUUGCAGCCUUCAAGCGGCUCAACUUGGAGUGGCACAAGGAUACUCAUUCAAAGUCCACACCGUGAAUUGCUGAUGCAGAAGCUUGCCCUAUGCUGGCAGGCAGAGAUCAUGUACCGGUUGUUCCAAGUCAAGAAGUUCGAAGUUGUGAAAGCAGCGUUGGGCGAGCAGUUGGCAACCAUCAAGAACCUGACUGCGGACCAAAGCGAUCUGAUCAAGGUUGAGCCUUUCCGCGGCUACGCAGACAACUUCAGCUAUCGUGGGUACAGCUUUUGGCUGCGCAAGGGCUUUGAGAGCACCUCCGGCUUGAAGGAUGGUGUUUUUCAGAAUGAUGAGGGAUGGGAGGUGAACUACAAAGCACAGCCAGUAGUGGUGCCACCUGGUGUGAGAGUCAUGGUGCAGGUUGACAACGAGCAGUUGGUUAUGGACUUGGAGAAGUCGCGAGAUGGAAUGGAUGAUUUGAGAUCAGUGGCGAUGGAAUACCAGCGGAGCUUGACCGAGAAUUUGGACCAGUUCUACGUGGUGGUCUCUGGGCAGUAUCUCAAGAAGAUGAAUAGAACCGACGACAUAGCAUCCUGGGACGGGUGGGAAUUCUUUGUGCGCUCAAAGGAGUAUGCUUUUGCAUGUGUUCUCUUCAGACGCCAGUACAUCCCGCCACUGUGCAGCACAUACCAGGACAUUGCUGUCGUGGUACGCUGCCCAGCACAGGGCAUGACCAAUGAUUCUUGCGAAGUGAUCCUGGAUGAGUGCCACUGCAUCGCGGACUCCAUCAGUUCUGUGUAUGAGAAUGUGGGCAUCUACAAGCGGCCGGUACAGGCUCGCCUCGACACUCUUCACUUCACAGAGGAUGGGUACCGUUGGGCAGAGGGGCAGCUUGGCAUGGUGCCCGUCCAUCGUCGAGUAGCUUGUAGGUUUGUGAAGUCACUAGUUAAGAUACUGGUGAACGAGAGUGCUCUUUGGGACGAGUCCAUUGAGCAUGCAGAGGUCUUUAAAGACAUCGCAGAGAUGUCCGACCCGCUUCAAGUUCCGCAGGAGCUUAUAUCGGAGGCUGAAUCACUUCUUCAGACAAGCAGCGACAGGCUGGAGCGGCGCAAUGCCUGGGCUGUGCGCAUCGCCCGGUACUUUGCCUUUUGCGUGGAUGGCGGGAUCUUGGGGGAACGGUUUACUUUCCCGCUUCUGAUUCAAUCUCUUGGGCGAGUGUCCUCCGAUGUGGACACCAGCAUGAAGGCUGUCAUUGACUUCCUGCUGCACGUCAAGCCCCGUGACGACUGGAAAGUCAACUUCUUCCUUGAAAAGGAGAAGAGCAUGAGCCUGGUUGCUCUCUCCAAGGAUCCCGAAAACUUCAGCCAAUUCUCGUUCAAUGAUGUGAUCAUGCGCCACCUCCUUUCCGAGGGCUAUGUUGAGAACGAACUGAAGAAGCGGCCACCUGGUGCUGGCGCUGACUACGCAGAGAUGCUGGCGCAACUGCUCACAAAUGAGACUGUGGGCCUGGGCUUACGAACCAUGGUUUGCCGGCAUAUUCUGGACAUGGUGGGGAGUCAGAUUCACGAGGAUGAAGAGGCAAAGUUUGAGAAAGCAGUGAAGCAAUUGGUCCCUGCUUUGGUGAAGGUGAUGAACGGUGCAAACCACAUUCUCAUGUCUUAUGCAACUGCAUCUCUGGUCAAUUUGUCCUGUGGCCGAGCAAAUAUGAAGCAACUCCUCGUAUCUCACGGAGUCCUUAGUUGGUGUGUGAAGCAGCUGAAGAUCAAGCAUGAUGAGCUUACUUUGUACACGCUAUUUCUGCUGGUCAACCUCACAAAGACCCCUCACCAUCGAUUUAUCGUGGUGAAGGAGGGCGGCGUGCCACUUUUGGUGGACAUUUUGACAUCAUCAUACCAGAACCUGCGCAAGCAACGCAUCCUUGCCGAGGUCGCAAGUGUUCUUGGGCAACUUUGCAACGACCCUGAGACCCGUAGCCUCAUAUCGGAGAGCUUUCCCGUUGUUGCUUGCCUGCUCUGGGUCAAUGAUGCUGCCCAGCCAAACACCAAGCUGAAGUCGAAGCUGUUGUUUGCGCUUCGGCAGCUGUGCCUGCUUGGGCAGAACAAAGUCAAAGUGGGACCACACAUCAUCCCAGUGCUUCUGGAAGAGCUUGCACUAGCGAGCUGGGCCUACGAAGAAUGCGCUACAAAUUUGGUGCUCCUGCUCAGUAGCCUUGCAAGCAUCAACACCAAUGCUGUGCUUAUGCAAGACCAGAUUGACGCGUCGCUGGAAACUUGUGGCUUUCUGAAAGAUGGAGUGCCAGCCAAAAACAACAAGCUCGUCAAUCAGCUUUGGCCGAAGGUCGAAGCGCUGCGGAUACGCAUUCGAGAUGCCAAAGCAGCUCAAGGUGAGUUUUAGGUAGAAUUCAGGUGCACAUCCGAGGACGGGUCUUGAGCAAAAUAUGAGCUGGCUAGAUUUCUAGUCCAUUUGGCAAGCUGGGAGCCUCGGCCAAAGGGCACAGAUGGAUAAAAUCUCCAUGCACGGCUUGACCUAAACCAGAUGAGUUUCUCGGCAAAUCGUCGACGUCUGGCUAGCUUGGCCCAGGCGCAGCUCGUGCUUUGCAAUUUCAGC